GGGAAAAUGGCGCCUCCGCCGGUCAGAGGGCUGAGAGGCGGCUUCUACUGCUGAGGGAGGGGCGGCCAGAGGUAGGCCGGGCUCUGGCACCGGCGGCAACAGGCAGGGCCGGGAUAUGCGGCAGAGACUUUCCCGGCUUGUUCCAUUCCUCAGCAGGACCGUGCCGCUCUCCUGUGGCUUCUUCCGGCCUCUUCCUCCUCCGCCUGGUCUCAUUUUGCUGCGACGACGUCUCUUCCUUCCCGGGCUUCAGCACGAAAUGCAGAAAAUGAAUGAUCCUGCUAUAAAAAGAGUAGCAAAUAGUAUUAUCAAAUCACCUGAGGAUAAACGAGAGUAUCGUGGGCUAGAACUGGGAAAUGGUAUCAAGGCAAUGCUUAUCAGUGACCCAACCACAGACAAGUCUUCAGCUGCACUUGACGUACAUAUAGGGUCAUUAUCUGAUCCCCCUAAUAUCGCUGGGUUAAGCCAUUUUUGUGAACAUAUGCUGUUCUUAGGAACUGAAAAAUACCCAAAAGAAAAUGAGUACAGCCAAUUUCUCAGUGAGCAUGCAGGCAGUUCAAAUGCUUUUACCAGUGGAGAGCAUACCAACUAUUAUUUUGAUGUGUCACAUGAACACCUGGAAGGUGCCCUGGACAGGUUUUCCCAGUUUUUCUUGUGUCCUCUGUUUGAUGAAAGCUGCAAAGACAGAGAAGUGAAUGCUGUUGAUUCUGAGCAUGAAAAGAAUUUAAUGAAUGAUGCUUGGAGACUAUUUCAGCUUGAAAAGGCUACUGGAAAUCCCAAUCAUCCCUUCAGCAAAUUUGGAACAGGAAACAAAUUUACUUUGGAAACUAGACCAAACCAAGAAGGCAUAGAUGUAAGACAAGAGCUAUUGAAGUUUCACUCCACUUAUUAUUCGUCAAACUUAAUGGCUGUCUGUGUUCUUGGACGAGAAUCUCUAGAUGAGCUAACCAGUUUAGUAAUGAAGCUAUUCUCUGAAGUAGAAAACAAAAAUGUUCCAUUACCAGAAUUUCCUGAACAUCCUUUCCAAGAAGAACAUCUCCGGCAACUUUACCAAGUGGUACCUAUUAAAGACAUUAGAAAUCUUUAUGUCACUUUUCCAAUACCAGACCUUCAGAAGUACUAUAAAUCAAACCCUGGCCAUUAUCUUGGCCAUCUUAUUGGACAUGAAGGUCCAGGAAGUCUUUUAUCAGAACUGAAAUCUAAAGGCUGGGUGAAUACACUGGUUGGAGGACAAAAAGAAGGCGCUAGAGGCUUCAUGUUUUUCAUCAUUAAUGUUGACCUUACUGAAGAAGGACUUUUACAUGUGGACGAUAUUAUUUUACACAUGUUUCAGUAUAUACAAAAACUGCGUACAGAAGGACCACAAGAGUGGGUUUUUCAAGAAUGUAAGGAUCUAAAUGCUGUAGCCUUCAGGUUUAAAGAUAAAGAAAGACCCCGAGGUUAUACAUCAAAACUUGCAGGGAUGCUGCAUUACUAUCCUAUAGAAGAAGUUCUUGCAGCUGAAUAUUUACUUGAAGAAUUUAGACCUGAUUUAAUAGAAAUGGUAUUGGAUAAAUUGAGGCCUGAAAAUGUCAGGGUUGCAAUAGUCUCUAAGUCUUUUGAAGGAAAAACUGAUAGAACAGAACAAUGGUAUGGAACCCAAUACAAGCAAGAAGCAAUUUCUGAUGAAGUCAUUCAGAAAUGGAAAAAUGCUGACCUUAAUGGGAAAUUCAAGCUCCCAAUGAAGAAUGAAUUUAUUCCUUCUAACUUUGAAAUUCUACCAUUAGAGAAGGAUGCACCACAGUACCCUACUCUUAUUAAGGACACCGCUAUGAGCAAGCUGUGGUUCAAGCAAGAUGACAAAUUUUUCCUACCUAAAGCUUGUCUCAACUUUGAAUUUUUCAGUCGCUACCUUUAUGCUGACCCUCUCCAUUGCAACAUGACAUACCUGUUAAUCAGGUUAUUGAAGGAUGAUUUAAAAGAGUAUACAUAUGCAGCACGCCUCUCAGGUUUGGUCUAUGCCAUUGCAUCAGGAAUGAAUGCAAUACUUCUUUCUGUAAAAGGUUACAGUGACAAGCAGCAUAUCCUGUUGAAGAAGAUUGUUGAGAAAAUGGCUACCUUUGAGAUAGAUGAAAAGCGAUUUGAAAUUAUCAAGGAGGCGUACAUGCGAUCACUUAACAACUUCCGAGCUGAACAGCCACACCAGCAUGCGAUGUAUUACCUUCGGCUAUUAAUGACCGAAGUUGCCUGGACCAAAGAUGAAUUGAAAGAAGCUUUAGACGAUGUCACUCUUCCCCGCCUCAAGGCCUUUAUAUCUCAGCUGUUGUCACGGUUACACAUUGAAGCACUUCUCCAUGGCAAUAUAACAAAACAGGCUGCACUUGGAAUUAUGCAGAUGGUUGAAGACACCCUCAUUGAGCAUGCUCACACAAAGCCUCUGCUUCCUAGUCAGCUAGUAAGAUACAGAGAAGUUCAGCUGCCUGACAGAGGCUGGUUUGUCUAUCAACAGAGGAAUGAAGUUCAUAACAAUUGUGGCAUAGAAAUAUAUUAUCAAACAGAUAUGCAAAGUACCUCAGAGAAUAUGUUUUUGGAGCUCUUUUGUCAAAUUAUCUCAGAGCCUUGCUUCAAUACCCUACGCACUAAGGAACAGUUAGGUUACAUUGUGUUCAGUGGUCCACGACGGGCUAAUGGUAUCCAAGGACUGCGAUUUAUCAUCCAAUCAGAAAAGCCUCCACACUACUUGGAGAGCAGGGUCGAAGCUUUUUUAAAAACCAUGGAGAAGUGUAUAGAGGAGAUGUCAGAAGAAGCCUUCCAGAAGCAUAUCCAGGCUUUAGCAAUCCGUCGCCUUGACAAACCAAAGAAGCUGUCUGCUGAGUGCGCAAAAUACUGGGGAGAAAUAAUUUCCCAGCAGUAUAACUUUGACAGAGAUAAUAUAGAAGUGGCAUAUCUCAAAACUCUCACUAAGGAUGAUAUUAUGCACUUUUAUAAGGAGAUAUUGGCAGUAGAUGCCCAAAGAAGGCACAAAGUAUCAGUCCAUGUACUAGCAAGGGAAAUGGAUUCCUGCCCUGUUGUGGGAGAAUUUCCAAGCCAAAAUGAUGUAAAUCUGGCACCAGCACCAGCACUGCCACAGCCAGAUGUGAUUCAAAAUAUGACGGAAUUCAAGCGCAGUCUACCACUCUUUCCUCUGGUGAAACCUCAUAUCAAUUUCAUGGCUGCAAAACUGUGAAGAGACUUGCUGGGUGAAGAACUGGAAGUGGAUCAGUCUUGCGUGACUUCAGUGGGUUUUCAUAAUGAACAAACAUCUUAAACAUUGUUAGGACAAGCAAUCCUGUCCAUUAUGAGGGUCCCUGAUUCCUUCUAGGUUCAUUCAGCAUUAAUGGUGUGAUAGGGAUACAGCAAAUUAGGCAAAUAGGCUGUAGUCAUGUGUCAUGUUUAUUGUGGAGCCACUCUUGGAAACCAAAAUCAAGUGGUAUAUUCAAAGGUCUGUGUUGGUAUGAUAUAUUUUACAAUAGUGUGGCCCUUUAAAGGUUUUGUUUGCAUAUGAAGAAGCUUUCAAAACUAACUGGUGUUACUUUAAAGGCCCUUGUUCUUCUUAUGGAAGGUCCUUAAGCUUAAACAUUUUGGGAGCUUAAUUUAUUGGAUAUGGAGGAAAAUAUGAUUAAAAGGCUCAUACUAAUAUUUUUAAAGAGAGAGGAUGGAAUGAUACCAGUAAAAAACCUGGUCGUCGUAUUCAACCAACUAUUUAGGUUCUAUAUAAAAUCAGUGGAAAUAAGAACAAGAAAUGUUAACAAAUGUCUUCGACAGAAGAAGAGUUGCUAGGUAUCUUGAGAUAGUUUUAAUCUUUAUACACGUUUGAGGACAUUUUAUAUUCAGACUAGUAAAAUGCUGGAAACACUUGGGUAGCUAUCUUUUUCUUACCAAGCGUGUUACCUUCUGUUUAUAACCCUAGCAUUUUCUCAGGGUUACUCUGACAAUGUUUUCUUUCUUUUGCAUAAAUAAAACUAUUUUGACAUUUUUUUUCUUCCAGUUGUUCAUGUACUGUUUUAGAUAUCCCGUCAGGCUUGCCUUGUUUUGUUUAGUGUAUGUCUUGUCAAAAGGAUUUCAUUGACUUUUAAUAGGUUUUUAAACUGUGGGCAUGGGACAUACCCCCAUGUAAGUACGAUUGAGGUCUUAGUCAGUGUUGCAAACACACAGCUCAACAUGUGUCUGGAUCCCACAAAUGCACUGUAAACAUCUAGGAUUGGGUGAUGGAGCUCAUCAGAAUCUCAGUUGCUAUGGUGGUUCCACAAAGCAUGUGACACAACAAUACCUUAAUCUACACCGACUCCUGUUUUUAAAAUGUUUAAUGCAAGCUUUCAGCCUACACAGAAAUCUCUCCCUGGAAUAGAUGUUUGAAAUAGAAAGAACAUUAUACACUUACAAUAUUAGGCUAGCAUUUACUUAAUCCAUGCAAGCAGCUAAUGCAGGUUCAGUUUGAUGCAAUGCCAAAUUGAACUUAACCAAGGCAGAAUUCCAUGAGCUCAAAAUAGUCUUCCCCAACCUGAUGCCUUCAGAUGUUUUAAAAAACUCGUAUCCUCCUUCACCUCUGGCUAUGCUGGCUGGAUCUGAUGGGAGUUGAAGUCCAAAACAUAUGGAGAGCACCAGGUUGGUGAAGGCUGUCUUAAAAGUGUACAUCAAAUACUUUUAAUUACAGCCUAAAUGGUGAUCAUGUGUCACUUUUAUUAGGCAUUUCAGGCAUCUGAAAUGCAGUAAUAGCACAAUAUGAUACAUGGUUAAGGAUACAAUACAACAACCUUAUACCAACUGAUAUUUAGGAAUACAGCACAAAUCAGAGAUAUUUGUAGUCAUGGGAAUGCAUAUAAACAUGGGAAUGAUAAUUAAAUAGAUUUAAUAUUUGGUCUUCAGCCUACUAAUUUUUAGUUGGGGUUAUGCCACUAAAAGCACAAAGAGAGACGGACAAACACAUCAGGUGCUGAAAACUUGUUUAAUCCCAACUUUGAAGUAAAAAGUCAAUUGUAGUUAUCUAAGUAGUUGGAUCCAGGAUCUGCCUAUCAUGAAAGGAAGGGCUCUGUUCACAGAAGGCACUUCCACCCAAUUUUCGGGAAUCCACCCUGCACCACAGUUCACACCAUUCAUCAGGGUCCCCCGACUCUGUACAACAUUUACAGGAAGGCUGGAGGGGAUGCUAUGGCGAGAAGGGUUCAAGGAAGUUGGCUUCCACCAAUCUAGUUUCAGACACCUAAAUCUGAAUUCAACCCAUGGUGUUUUUAAGUUCAUUAUAUGAAGUCAAAUGACUAAACUUCUACAAUGCGAGCACCUGACACUGCACACAAUUUGUUAGGAAGUUUCACAACGAUCCCAAUGGAUUUCUAGUCUUAGCUAGUUUUCCAAUAGAAAAUGUGCUUCUUACUUCACAAAUCUGACCUGCGCAGAACUCAUCAUAUUAAGAGCAUUGCUUAAAGGCAUUGCAGGGUCAGGAAUCUGGGUAUCUCAGGCAUCCCUCCCACAGUGGUGUUAUUUUUUAUUUUGACUAAUCCCAAAGGGCACUGAUUGCCUUGCUGAUUGGCAGAAUAAAAUCGUAUGUUGCAUCUUCCUGCAGACAUAGUAAAUAGCAGAGCUGUUGUUUACGUCGCAGUUGAAGAUAAAAUUUAAUCAUAGGUCAUAGAAUUAGUUUGUCUUACUUUAUAAGUAUGCAAUGUUGAAAACCCCUCCCACUUCCUUUGGCAAGAGCAGUGAACCUCUCAGGGUGUGUUCGUGUUACCAGAGGUCCCGCCCUUCAUGCAUCCGGUAUAGCUGGUUACAUGGUAAAGAGGUUACCUGAUUGUUAUCUCACACAAAAAGGUAUCUUUUUCGACAUGUAUUAAGGAUUGCAGUUCUUCCUCUUACCUCAUAACACUCUGAAAACAGAUUUGACAGCAUGAUGAGCAAUUGGAUGACCUCUUCACCAUGUAAUAGGUGGCAUUCUGUGUUGAACUUGCCACACACUCAGUGGAUAUGUAUUUUGAACUUGUACAUUGUCUUAUCGAUAUGCCUUGAUACUUAAAUAUACAUGUAGUGUUGUUUACAGGAUGCAAGUUAAAACAGGGACAUCUGUUAAUCACGCAGGUAUUGUUCAUGAGUGGAAUCAAAGGGUUGGUGUUGAGGAUAAACUAUGUUGAAGGGCUGCACAGGAGCAAAGCUUAUAAGAUUACACAUUAAAAUUACACAUUAAACCAUACAAAUAUGUCUCUCUUUAGGGCAGAGCUGGGCAAUUUGUGGACCUCCAGAUGUUUUGACCAACACUUCUGGCAUAGCCGUAAUGAGAGAUGUCAGGAGUUGUAAGCCAAAACAUCUGGAGGGCCACAAGUUGCCCUCCACUCUUGUUUUAGGGGAAACACUGGUACAGACCUGCACAAGAUCCCUGGGUUGGUGGUUUGUGCGAGUCACACCUUAAGGCAGCAUUCCCCAACCUAACACUCUCCAGAUGUGUGGAUGCUGGCUGGAGUAUGAUGGGAGUUGUAAGCCAACUCAUCUGGAGUGUGCCUGGUCAGGCAAGGCUGUCUUUAAGUGUUAGCAUAUCUAUAGUGAUUCCCAUUUUGUGUCAAAUCUCUGUGCUGCUGAUGUUUUUUUGCUGGGAGAAAAUUGUUUGGGAUUCCUAUGCUUGAUUUCCUGUGAUAGAAUUUUGGGCAUGAAUAACAUCAGCUGUGUCCCAAGAAUGACAGAAUUAUGCAGUUGUCUUAAUCCUUCUUCUCCUGCUUUUUCCUCAGUAGUAGGGAAACACUUUGCCUGAAAUGUUGGAAGAGCAGAGAAAACAUGCCGAAAAUUGUUCUACUUUACAGUCUGUUCCCAGCUAUCAGCAAAAAAAAAAAAUAUAUAUUACUUGCAUUUCUUCAUUCAUCUAUGAAGUCUUCUCAUGGUUAUCUUUACUACAUUUCCCCACAAAUGUUUUAACAGCUUUUAGAUUUUAGUUCACCCAAACUCCAUUUCCGUAUGUUUUGCCUUUCCACUCCCUCUGAUUAAAAUUAUUUGUAUAAUAUUUUUUAAAAAGAGAAUUGGAAUGCACAAUACAAAAUUAUCUAUUUUGAGACUUGGUAUUUUAACAUAGAUAGUGGUCAAGAACUAUUGAUGGCUCUUGGCAUAGGAAAUCAAUUUAUGAAAUAGAGGAUAAUUCCUAAUGUAUCAAAAUAUUUAAAAAAUAUUAAACGUCUAUUAUAACUUACAGAAAUUGCUCCUUUUACAGUAGAGCACAUAUUUAUAUUGCAAACAUGAAACCACUUCGCAGGUAACUGGUUUUAUGCAAGUCAGUUAUUGGCAUUCCUAAGUGAUUUCUUGAUUGCUGAGUUGAAUGUUUGCCACCCUAACACUUUAAAAUGGUGCUGGGUUUAGGAUAUGUACAAACAUCCUUUUUUGUGACAUGACCUUGGCAUAGCAUGCACCAAGUCUUCAGAAUUGGUCAGGGUCUGGACUGGUGAACCUGGAACCUUUGGCUGGGCUCCAGAGAGGCCCAUUGACACAUGCAAAGGACUUAGGGGUGGUCUGCUUAUCUCCCCUUCCAGCAGCAGCCCUUUGUGCCUAAUUUAAGGCCACACCCAAAGGUCCCCAUCAACCAUCAAGAGAGGCCUUUGGGGGAAGGAGCUGAGGAGCUGUCCUGCACUGGGGAUGCUGAAAAGCCCCUUUGUGCAUGCAGUAGACCUGUGACCCCUUGGAUCCUGGCCUAAAUUUAUUUAUUGGGUUUAUAUUCUACACUUUUAGGAACGGAUAAUGCAGUUAGCAAAUAUAUCAUUGAAACAUCAAUAGUGCAAUAAGCCUUAUUUAAAAUAUCAUGAAAUUAGCAUGUCCACAUGAUAUGAACACAAUGUGUCCACUUCCAAUAUUAAGGCUGAAGUCCUUUGCCUUCUUACCUGGUAAGUACUAUUGAACUCAGUGUGACUUACUACUGAGUAAGUAUGCAUAGGACUGUACUGUGAUUUUUUUAAAGUGUUCUCCAGCAUUUUAUAGUUUGAGUUUGUAGAACAAUGCAGUUUGACAACUCAGGCGUAUCAGUGGAUUCUCUCCAGUAGAUCCAAAGCUGCAGUGUCGACAAGCAAUAACAGACUACCUAGACUACACUGUAAUUCAGUUUUAGCGUUCGUUAACAAAAAUUUAUGUAACAAACCAUAAAUUAUAACUAGAUUACUGUAAUUUUUGCAAGUGCUAUUUUGAGCAGUUGAUGUGGAAUUGGGUGCAUGUUGACACAGUAUGGCGGAGUGCUUGUCAUACUCUUGACAAUAAACAAUCUGAAUAUAA